AUGAAGAAACAAUCGACCAGUCUUCGAGUGCGGUUGCCUGUUUUUGUGUUCAUCACAGAGGUGAUUAUUGUUGCCUUGUAUGCAGCAUUUGUUACGUAUGAUGAAGAGGCUGAUGCCAAAUUUCAGACUAAUCAGACCAACCCUAUGCACAAUGCAGUGUACAUGGACUACCCUUUCUUUACAGACAUACACUUCAUGAUAUUCGUGGGUUUCGGGUGCCUGCUGGCAUUUUUCCGAUUCUAUGGUUUUGGGGGGAUGGUUUUCAACUUCCUCACAGCUACUUUUGCCAUCCAGUGGGCCAUUCUGGUGCAGGGCUACUUCCAGUUCAGCCAUGAUGGUAAGAUCCACCUCGGAGUGAUCAAUCUCAUAAAUGCAGAGUUUGCCUGUGCUGUGGUGCUGAUAUCGUAUGGGGCAGUGCUGGGGAAGACCAGUCCUUUGCAGAUACUGGUCAUGGCUCUGCUGGAGGUUCUUGUGUUUGCCGUCACAGAAUGGGUUGUGCUUAAGUAUCUGAAGAUCAAUGAUGCAGGAGGCUCCAUUCUCAUCCAUCUCUUUGCCUGCUAUUUUGGCUUGGGUGUCACGUUUGUGCUGUACAGGCCUAGUCUAAAUGAAGGCCAUGCAAAGGAGAACACAAGUUACCUUUCUGACAUCCUGUGUCUAAUGGGGACCUUGUUCCUCUGGGUGUUCUGGCCCUCCUUUAACUCAGCUUUAGUCCUGAAAGGAGACGAUCAGCACAGGGCUAUCCUCCACACUUUCAUUGGACUAAGUGCCUCUACACUUACAGCCUUUGCACUCUCUGCUAUGCUGAAUAAAAAUGGCAAGCUUACCAUGGCUGAUAUUCAGAAUGUGACCCUGGCUGGAGGUGUGACAGUCGGGGCAUCUGUGGAUAUGAUGAUAUCACCUGCAGCUGCAUACGCUCUGGGUGUAAUAGGGUGUGUUGCAUGCAUGCUGGGCUACAAGUAUUUGAGCCCCAUCUUGGCGCGACGCUUCAGGAUCCAAGAUCAGUGUGGCAUUCACAACUUGCAUGGACUAACCGGACUUAUAUCCUGCACUGCAGGGAUAUGUGCCAUACUGACAGCUAGUGAGGAGGUUUACGGCCCUAGUUUCUAUGAGAUCUUUGCCCACAGAGCACCAGUGGAAGGGGACCCCAAGCUACAAGAGCUACGGAUGGUGAUUCCCGGUUUAAAGGCAGGUUUGGGGAGGACUGCCCAAAAACAGGCUCUCUUCCAGGUUGCAGCUAUAUUCUCCACCAUAGGACUGUCAGCGCUGGGAGGCAUACUCACAGGCUUUGUCUUGAGGCUGCCAUAUUUUGCAUCUCCGUCUGACGAUUUCUGUUUUGAUGACGAGCCAUUUUUUGAAGUUCCUCCGGACUAUGAUUCACCAGUCAGACUUAAACACAGCAACACAAAUAGUGUAGAAGACUCUACUGUGUGA